AGCCGCGCUGUCCCGCGCCCCGCUGCGCGGGGUGUCCCCGCGCCCCGCCGGCGCGCCCGCCUCGUCUUCCCCUUGCACCCCGGCUCCGCGGCAUUCUUCCCCCGUUGAGGAGGCGAGCCGGAGCCUACCCGCUUUCCCCCGCAGGAAGAAGGGCGCGGGGAGAAACUUAUUUUCAACAAGUUUGGGGUUUUUCCCUUUUUUUGUUGUUGUUUUUUUUUUUUUGAAUUUUCCUUUUCCCCCCUUUUUUUUUUCCUUCUUCCCUCCCCCUUCUCCUGCGCGUUAGUUCUUUUAGCCCCUCUUGCCCUUUCGAUGUGCGGCUUUGGACAUGCGGAGGCUACUGCAACCGUGUUGGUGGAUCUUUUUCUUGAAAAUCACCAGCUCCGUGCUCCAUGAUGUGGUGUGCUUUCCCGCUCUGACUGAAGGUUAUGUUGGCUCUCUGCAUGAAAACAGACAUGGUAGUUCUGUGCAGAUACGGAGGCGAAAGGCUUCGGGAGAUCCUUACUGGGCAUAUUCGGGUACCUAUGGUCCCGAGCACUGGGUUACUUCCAGCGAGAAAUGUGGAGGCUCUCAGCAGUCUCCCAUAGACAUCAUAGACCAUCAGGCCCAUGUGGGAGAUGAAUAUCAAGAACUGCAGCUUGAUGGUUUUGACAAUGAAUCUUCAAACAAGACUUGGAUGAAAAACACAGGGAAAACAGUUGCUAUCCUGCUGAAGGAUGAUUAUUUCGUCAGCGGCGCUGGGCUGCCAGGCAGAUUCAAGGCAGAGAAAGUGGAGUUCCACUGGGGUCAAAGCAACGGAUCGGCUGGCUCUGAGCACAGCAUCAACGGCAAGAGAUUCCCCGUUGAGAUGCAGAUUUACUUCUACAAUCCCGAUGACUUUGACAGUUUUGGAACAGCAGUUCUAGAAAACAGGGUAGUAGGAGCCAUGGCUGUGUUUUUCCAAGUCAGUCAGAGGGACAAUCCAGCACUGGAUCCCAUUAUCCACGGGUUGAAGGGCGUCGUACAUCACGAGAAGGAGACCUUCCUGGAUCCCUUUGUGCUGAGGGACCUCCUGCCGACCUCGCUGGGGAGUUACUACCGCUACGCAGGUUCGCUGACGACUCCUCCGUGCAGCGAGAUUGUGGAGUGGAUCGUUUUUCGGAAGCCUGUGCCUAUUUCUUACCAUCAGCUGGAGGCCUUCUACUCCAUCUUCACCACUGAACAGCAAGACCACGUCAAGUCCGUGGAGUACCUGAGGAAUAACUUCCGACCGCAGCAAAGCCUGAACAACAGGAAGGUGUCUAAGUCUGCUGUGAAGGAUGCUUGGAGCCAAGAUAUGACAGACAUCUUGGAAAAUCCACUUGGCACAGAGGCUUCCAAAGCUUGCAGCACUCCCCCAGUCAACAUGAAAGUGCAGCCUGUGAACAGGACGGCAUUACUUGUAACCUGGAACCAACCAGAAACCAUCUACCAUCCUCCGAUCAUGAACUACAUGAUCUCAUAUAGCUGGACUAAAAAUGAAGAUGAAAAGGAGAAGACUUUCACCAAGGACAGUGACAAGGACCUGAAGGCCAUCAUUAGCCAUGUCUCACCUGACAUCCUUUAUCUGUUCAGAGUUCAAGCAGUUUGCCGAAAUGAAAUGCGUAGUGACUUUAGCCAGACUAUGCUCUUUCAAGCUAACACCACUCGAAUUUUCGAGGGGACCAGAAUUGUGAAAACAGGAGUGCCCACAGCAUCUCCUGCAUCCUCAGCCGACAUGGCUCCCAUCAGCUCCGGCUCCUCCACCUGGACCUCCUCAGGGCUCCCCUUCUCGUUCGUGUCCAUGGCCACGGGGAUGGGGCCUUCCUCCAGCGGCAGCCAGGCCACCGUGGCCUCAGUGGUGACCAGCACUUUGCUGGCAGGGCUGGGCUUCAGCGGCGGUGGCAUCUCCUCCUUCCCCAGCAGCGUGUGGCCCACGCGGCCCCCCGCGGCGGCUGCCCCCAGCAAACAGGCAGGCAGGACGGUGGUGGCUGCCACCGAGGCUGCUGCCGCCUCCCCCGGGCCGGAGCGGGACUCGGCGCUGGGCAAGGACAGUGAAGGAGCUGAGGAGGGGGAGAAGGAUGAAAAGAGUGAAAGCGAAGAUGGGGAAAGGGAGCAUGAGGAAGAGGAAGAAAAGGAUGCCGAGAAGAAGGAGAAAACCAGGGCAACGGCAGCCGCAGAGGCACACAAUAGCACGGAGCCCAGCGUGGCCACAGCCUCCCCCAACCGGACUGCUGAGGAGGAGGGAAAUAAAACCAUAUCGAGUGAAGAGUCAGACCAAAACGUUGUCCCCACGGCUGGAGGCGCUGAGAAGGAGAGCUUUGCCGAAGCAGACGCUCAGCCACAGCCGCUCCCUUCCACCCAAGUGCCGCCAGCGUUCACCAACGAACUGUACCUGGGGAAGAUCCCAAGAAGACCAGAGACAACAAAAAGACCUCCUUCAAAGGAGGACAGGUUUCCAGAGGAGUACCCUUCAGAAAACAAAUUCAUCACCAUUAACCCAGCUGACAAGAACAGUUCCAGCAUGGCCACAAGACCUUCUCCUGGUAAAAUGGAAUGGAUCAUCCCUCUUAUUGUGGUCUCAGCACUGACCUUCGUGUGCCUCAUUCUUCUCAUUGCUGUGCUUGUCUACUGGAGAAAGUGCUUUCAGACUGCCCAUUUCUAUGUGGAGGACAGCAGUUCCCCCCGUGUGGUCCCCAAUGAAAGUAUUCCCAUUAUACCUAUCCCAGAUGAUAUGGAAGCAAUUCCAGUCAAGCAGUUUGUCAAACACAUCAGUGAGCUGUAUUCUAAUAACCAGCAUGGGUUUUCAGAAGACUUUGAGGAAGUGCAGCGCUGUACGGCCGACAUGAACAUCACUGCAGAGCAUUCCAACCACCCUGACAACAAGCACAAGAACAGAUACAUCAACAUCUUAGCCUAUGAUCACAGCAGGGUGAAGCUAAGGCCUUUACCAGGAAAAGAUUCUAAGCACAGUGACUACAUUAAUGCUAAUUAUGUCGAUGGUUACAACAAAGCGAAAGCCUACAUUGCUACCCAGGGACCUUUAAAGUCUACCUUUGAAGAUUUCUGGAGGAUGAUUUGGGAACAAAAUACAGGAAUCAUUGUCAUGAUCACAAACCUUGUUGAAAAAGGAAGAAGAAAGUGCGACCAGUACUGGCCGACGGAGAACAGCGAGGAGUAUGGCAACAUCAUCGUCACGCUGAAGAGCACAAACGUUCACGCCUGCUACACUGUGCGCCGCUUUACAGUCAGGAACACAAAGAUGAAGAAGGGUCAGAAAGGAAACCCCAAAGGGCGGCAGAACGAGAGAACGGUUAUUCAGUACCACUACACUCAGUGGCCUGACAUGGGUGUGCCAGAGUAUGCUCUGCCUGUGCUAACCUUCGUUAGGAGAUCCUCUGCAGCCAGAACCGCGGACAUGGGACCAGUGGUGGUGCACUGCAGUGCUGGUGUUGGCAGGACUGGUACCUACAUUGUGAUAGACAGUAUGCUGCAACAGAUAAAAGACAAAAGCACAGUUAAUGUCCUGGGUUUCCUGAAACAUAUCAGGACACAGCGCAACUACCUCGUCCAGACAGAGGAGCAGUACAUUUUUAUUCAUGAUGCCUUGUUGGAAGCCAUCCUUGGGAAAGAGACUGAAGUGUCUGCAAACCAGCUGCAUAGUUAUGUCAACAGCAUCCUCAUACCUGGCAUAGGAGGGAAGACACGACUAGAAAAACAGUUUAAGCUGGUUACACAGUGUAAUGCAAAAUACGUGGAAUGCUUCAGUGCUCAGAAAGACUGCAACAAAGAGAAGAACAGGAACUCAUCAGUCGUGCCGUCUGAGCGUGCUAGAGUGGGCUUGGCACCGCUGCCUGGAAUGAAGGGAACAGAUUACAUUAAUGCCUCUUAUAUCAUGGGCUACUACAGGAGCAACGAGUUCAUCAUAACCCAACAUCCACUGCCACAUACAACUAAAGACUUCUGGAGAAUGAUCUGGGAUCACAACGCGCAGAUCAUCGUCAUGCUGCCAGACAACCAGAGCCUGGCAGAAGAUGAGUUUGUGUACUGGCCAAGUCGUGAAGAAUCUAUGAACUGUGAGGCCUUUACUGUGACCCUUAUCAGCAAAGACAGACUGUGCCUCUCUAACGAAGAGCAAAUUAUCAUCCAUGACUUUAUCCUUGAAGCUACCCAGGAUGACUACGUUCUGGAAGUCCGCCACUUUCAGUGUCCUAAAUGGCCAAACCCAGAUGCUCCCAUAAGCAGUACCUUUGAACUUAUCAAUGUAAUCAAGGAAGAGGCCUUAACAAGGGAUGGCCCCACCAUAGUUCAUGAUGAGUAUGGAGCUGUGUCAGCAGGAACGCUAUGUGCCCUUACCACCCUGUCCCAGCAGCUGGAGAAUGAAAAUGCUGUCGAUGUUUUCCAGGUGGCAAAGAUGAUAAAUCUGAUGCGGCCUGGAGUAUUUACAGACAUUGAACAGUACCAGUUUCUUUAUAAGGCAAUGCUAAGCUUGGUCAGCACUAAGGAAAACGGAAAUGGUCCCAUGACACUGGACAAAAACGGUGCUGUGAUGGCCAGUGACGAAUCCGAUCCCGCAGAAAGCAUGGAGUCUCUUGUCUAAUUGGAAACCUGAAAAGGCACUUAAUUUGUAGAACUUCUGAAGACUGAGCGAACUUUUUUGAGGCCUUUUUUGCCAGACUCUAGGUUAUACAAUAACCCAAUUACUUUUUUACACUGAUAAAAGUUUUGAUAUUUAUUUUUUGCCAUUUUAUGUCUUAAUGGUAUCCUACUGAGCAUUUGCACCUCUGUUUAUUUCACACAGUGAAACGCAAUUUUAUCUAGUUUGCACUAUAUGAUCAGUGUUACUGCCUAUAAUAUCCUAAUACAAGACAAGCCCUGAUGUGACAUUCCAUGACAACAAGCAUCUGCUUUUUUCUCUUUCGUCUACAUGCAGUGAAGUUUUGCUAACUACAGUGACCCCUCCAAUCUUAAAUCUUGAAUGCUAGGGCCAGAUGGAUUCUCUCUACGACAAAUACUCUACCCCUUCAUACCAUAUUUAUUAUUUUAAUGAUCAUGUCACAGUUUUGCUAAUGGUAUUCUGCAUUCCAGUGGAGGGGAUGAGCAGUGUUCAUCCUUUGGUGACAAAAGUGGCAGGUGAUGAUUAGCUAGAGUGAAGGUGGAGUAGCCUUGUGGAGCUGAAACAAUUCCUUCUGUAUCAUUUCCAGUUGCUGUUUCGUACACUUACAGGCCUAAGACUUGCUUCACAUGGAGUACAUAAAUUACCUACAAGAGAAUUACCAAUGAGGUGUAAUUGAUAUGAGGGACGCAGUGAUAGGUCUGGGGUUUAAAAUGUCACAGCUUCCCCACCUAGCCAGAAAAAAAAUGGCAAUUUGAGUUUUCAACCAGCCCUGCGAUGGCAAAGUGUUUUCAUUUCACUCUCAUCAGAGCCAAUACAGCCAGAAAUCUACUACACCCCCCCCCCCAAAUCAGACCUGUUUCCAGAUAUAUUGAAGGGGAGCAAUAUUUUACAUUACUAAGCUAUUCAAUAUUUUAAACACAUUAAUUUCCUUACUAUUUCUUGCCUAUGACCUCACACCUAAUGGUAUGUUACAUGAUGACAGGCGUUUCUUAAUUUCAUAACUGUUAGAUGCCAUUUUUACAGGUGUGUAAUUUUCAUACUUUAGUGCUAAAACAUAAAGUACUGAUCCAUAUUUACUGGUGAAGCAAACUAAUAAAAAAAAACUACCUAUAAAGUUACAUUCUCCCUCUUUUUUUUUUUGCCAGACUAAUUCUUUAGCACCACCCUAGCCUGUUGUGUUCUCCCUCCAAGGCCAAUAAAAUGCUUUCCCCUAGGCAAUAUGAAUAAUUGGACUCCGGUUUGGAGCAUUUAAGUAUAUAUCCUCACUGGCUCCCUUUGGCUUUGGCACCCUACAACAAGGUCCAUCUCUGUUUAACAAAAGGAGUAAGCAUGUGCUUAAUCCUCCUGGAAGUCAAAGCUAAUCAUGAUCUUCGUAGCUCAGCUGAGUAGGGAAGGGUCACUGAAUCUGCCUGGAGAAGGAAAUGUGUCAAUUCAUCCAUCCUGAUGCUUGGUGCCCAGAUGAAGGCACUACUAUCCCUUACGGCUAGCGUUAGUCUCUUUCAUUUCAGCUGCACAAAACAUGCAUUGUGAUUUUUCAGGAGCUGUCAAAACGUUCCAGCAUUUUCUUCUGGUUUGGGUUGGGUUUUUUUUUUUCCAUUUAAAUGUAAACCUACUCAUUUUUGCCAGUCCACUCUCACUGAAAUAGACAUUUGGCAAGGCAAAACCGUUGGAAUGGGCUGCCCAGGGAGGUGGUGGAGUCUCUGUCCCUGGAGGUGUUCAAGAAAAGACUGGAUGAGGCACUUAGUGCCAUGGUCUGGUUGACUGGAUAGGGCUGGGUGCUAGGUUGGCCUGGAUGAUCUUGGAGGUCUCUUCCAACCUGGUUGAUUCUAUGAUUCUUUUUGUUGAAGGGGAGGGCAAGGAGGAAGCUAAGCUAAGAGAAAGGUUCUGUGCAUUUUCACACACAAGGAAGCUGAAAGCAAACUGCUUAAGGUUACAUUGAGAGUAGGUAUUUUGGUUUGGAACCUCGAGAGGUAGUGAGCUGAUGCAGCCUCGCUGAGAGCAGAGGAGGUGUGCAAACUGCUGUGUGCUAACAUCUGGCCUUUGCUUUUUAAUAAGGGAAAGAUGUCCUAGUAUGGAUACACUUUGUUAAUUCCAGCACCAAAGUAUUUAAGAAUUCAUCAGCAACUCUUUACAGUCACCUUUCACUUUUCAGUCUGUUGAAUCCCUCCAUCCAAGUGAUCCAAAGAACUGCUACUGCUGAACAGUACAAUAUAGCUGUGGUUUCAGGAAGGAAAAUCCCAUGUCCAGCACCAGCUGUUCCAAAUAAAAGAUGCACAAAAUGAUUCCAAAGAAUGCUUUGUACUUUGCAUCCCCUUUGCAGCUGGGACAACGCAGCACCGAGGAGGCAGUCAGUUCAUGUCUGCUAGGGGUUAAGACUGGCCUGCAACCCAGUAAUGAGAACUGCUUAACUAAUGUUUGAAGUUCUGCCGCCUGGAAGGGCUGGAAGGUUUUGCUGAGUGGUCUGCUGACCACUGUGCAUCAGCAUUAAAGCUGAGGAGUCCCCUCUUUUUCCUCCAGUAGUGAUCCCAGCCCUAGACAAUUCUGGCCAGUAGUACAAAGGGACUUUGAUGAGUUGGAUCAGUUCAAUCUGAACUACUUAAGUUCCUGGGGGGGUGUAGGGAGAAGUUAAGGAUCCAAACCCUGACAGGCACUAAGUGACACAAAGAUUACUGCAGGCAUCAAGAGGGUUGGAUUUGUUGAGUACUUUCAGCUGAUUACUUUUCAUGUCACUGGCAUGAUGGAAGAUAACUGGUUCAUGACACAUUGCCUGAAUAUCCUGGUUUGAUCCCUUACCUUCUCAGUUUUUAAAGAGCAGUGCUAGAAGGCUGUGGGGCUUGAACUUUGGUAGAUGCUUUGGAAAUCCAUGCAUUUGCUUUGCCGUUUUUCCACACCUGAAAUACCUGCUUGGGGGUUAAUCCACAGGGAAAUAAUUGACACUGAUGUUCUAUGAGUUCUCCAUGGAUUUUUUUUUUUUUCCUUAAGGAGGCUCAAGCUGAGUGUGAAGUGCUGUGCUGACAGUCAGAUAGCCAGUAGCUACUAGCAGGGCAUUAGGCUUGCAGUGGAUGAAGCUAGGAGUCAUUCGUGAAGGUCAGGAUUAAGGGUGUGGAAGAGCCAAAUCUACCCUACUGUAAGCAGCUGCAGUUCUGCUCUCUUACAUGGAUUUGCUCCCUUCCCUGGGACCGAGGGAGACUGACAGAAGGAGCAAGUCUGUGUUCAGAGAUGUGUGCCGUGAUGCUCUGAUGAGUGUCUGGCCAAAGUCCCUCUCUCUGCAUUUUGCCACUUUGCUUUUGUCACACUGACAUACCCCACCCCCUCCUCUGCACCGUACCACUCCCUGGCAUUUGACUGGGAUGUCUUUCAAGCAGCAGAAGUUCCCAGACCAUGUGCAGGCCUGCAACCUGAGAGAACCCAUUGCCAUGAAACGUGGUCCUCAGCACCAGCCCUGAGAAACAAGGAAAGGAAGGCCUGAAGUACCCCAGUCUGCAUUUAGCAUUGCUCCAUGUCUUGCAUGUGUACUGCGCCUGCAGACCACGGGAAAGGCAUAAGAGACUUCUGUGCGUUGAGCCCAGGAAAGCUGCCAAGCUUUCCAAGAUGGAAUGCCUGGAAAGCUGCUGUGGCAGCCUCCUAGCUAAAAUACCUGGGCGAGUGCCCCACCCUACCAACACUCCUUGGCAUCAGCAGGCAGGUCUGGGAGAGGCAGCAGGACUGCUCAGCUGUGCAGGCUAAGCACCAAUUCUUCUGCAGGGCCAAGGUCUAAAGAAGAUUAAUUCUGAACAGCCUUUGUCCCUAGAAUUUCACAUUAGUGUCUCUUUUCCAAACAUGAAUUUAGGAACAGGAAACACAAAAGUCCAAGCCCCUUCAAAUACUCCUGGUGUGUGACCAUUGCUGUACUGUGGGUCUGUUCUAGGUUAGUGGAAUCAUUUACAGGAUCUGCAAACUUUCAGUUGUUUAUCCAGUUUCUGACUGCUCGAAUGGCUUGAACCCAGAGUGACACAUUGGAACAUUAGGAGAAGAAUAUGACACAGCACAACUGCCUUCUUAUUAAUCUUUCUUUCCCUUUGAGCUGAUGUAUUUUAUUUCAAAGCUGAAAAAAAAACCAAACUUAUCAAUACCAAUUCUACCAAAGAUGCCUACUACUAAUUCUCAGCAGAACAAAACCAACUUGAUUUAAACAAGGAACAAAACAAAACCAAUAAAACUUAAAGCUAGUUGUCUUAAAGGUUUAGCAGUCGCUCUCAAAUUCAUGUCUUUUGACAUCAGAUCUUGUCUGCUGAAGUUUCUGUUCAAGUGGUGCCAGUGAAUUUUUAUAUGAAGGGAAGAUACCCAUUUGUUAAUCCACUGCAGUGAGGGUUUUUUUCUAUCCUUUUUUCCUUUUUAUUUCCCUGGUUUUGCUUUUGGUUAGGGUUUGGUUUGUUUCCCCCUUUUCCCUACAGAUGUAACUCAACUCUUAUUGUUAUCCCUUUGCUGCUCUUCUCUUUGUUGCCAUCCUAACAAUGUGAACUACAUUGGCUUUACUUAUUGCUGUCUACGACUACCUGAAGGUAGGUUGUAGCCAGGUGGAGUUGGUCUCUUCUGCCAGGCAAGCAGCAACAGAACAAGGGGACACAGUCUCAAGUUGGUGCUGGGGGAGGUCUAGGCUGGAUGUUAGGAGGAAGUUGUUGUCAGAGAGAGUGAUUGGCAUUGGAAUGGGCUGCCCAGGGAGGUGGUGGAGUCGCUGUCCCUGGAGGUGUUCAAGAUGAGCCUGGAUGAGGCACUUAGUGCCAUGGUCUGGUUGAUUGUCUAGGGCUGGGUGCUAGGUUGGACUGGAUGAUCUUGGAGGUCUCUUUCAACCUGGCUAAUUCUAUGAUUCUAUGAUUGAAGGAGAAGGAACAGAACAACAACAACAAGAAAUAAAGAGAAGGAAGUGUAAUGAAAAGAUUUGGCCUCUACUUUGUCUUAGCUGUCAAACUGUUUUUAGUGUUUUUGUUAACUAUUUGCAAAGGGAAGCGUUUUCUACAGAGGAGAAUUAAUUUCAAGAACAAUGUCUUGAGUUUUAAAGAAUACUAAAACGUCUCCAAAAGAGGAGAUAGUCAAUUUUAUACAACGUCACAACUCUCCAACAUUUGGGGUAGUGACCUUUUUGGUUGGGUUUUUGUUAGAACAUUUGAAACUAGCAAGCAGCCAUCGUUUCUAAGGACCGAAGCAUUCCCCUUCUCUACUCCCUGUCUUCUUUUCUUUCAUUUUUAAACUAGCAAAGUCAUUAAACCUGUAAAUAUUUUGUUGCUUGGAUAAGCAUCUUCUGGGAACUUUGUAUCUAUGGUAUAUAAUCAUAGAAUUUUAUAUUUUCAUAUAAAGCUAAUUUUUUUCUAGUUUCACCUCCUUCCUAGUUACUGUGGUGGCUAUGUGAACUACAUACCUUCUGUGUACCCAGGUAGUGAGACACCAUCAUCCCACUCCAAAGCAAAAACAAAACCCCUCAACAAACAGAUUUCCACACAUGUCAUUUCUUGGGGGCAGUGAUUGUGAAAGUUGGAUUUCAUUUCUUUUUAAUAUAUCUAUAUAUAUUAAAUCAUUUUUUUUUUGGGUUCCAUUUUUGGUUUGGAUUCCAUUGUCAGUGUGUGCAAUAGGAGUUAGACUUAGCCCAGUCACUGGAUACGUUUGUCUCAUUGAUCCAUUCAGGAAACAAAAAAAAGAAGAUUAAAAACAAAACAAAAAAAAAUAAACAAAUGUGGUGUUUGGUUUGGGGAGAGGGUGGGAGGGAGGGUUUUGAGGGAGAUUUUUUUGUUCAGUUUGGGGUUUAGGGUGGGUUUUUUUUUCCGUUUCAGGGGGGUUUUGUAACUUGAAGAAUCUUCUUUUUUUUUUGUUCUGUUGAACUAUAUCAGAUCAUUCUAUUAUAGUGUUAUUUAAUAUGUAAAUUGUAUUGCUAUACAUAAAAUAAAGUAUGGUUUUUGAUGUA